GCUGAAGCCAUUGAUAAAGCAAGAGAUCUCUGGAAGAAGAAGAGAGAUUGGUAGAACAAGAUGGGCCGAGUUUAUAGAUGGUUCAACUACCUUGGGUACGGGAUCUAUAAUGAUUUGCGUAGUCGACUACCGUAUUAUAAGUCUGAUUUCACCGAUGCUUUCAAUUAUCGAGUUAUCCCAUCUACAACUUAUAUAUUUUUCACUAAUUUACUUCCAGCAAUUGCCUUUGCUCAGGAUAUGUUUGAUCAGACUAAUAAUCUGUAUGGGGUGAAUGAAGUGUUGAUGAGUUCUGCCAUGGCCGGAGUGGUGUUUGGGCUAUUUCUGGGUCAGCCAUUGUGUAUAGUUGGGGUUACUGGACCAAUAUCGAUUUUCAGUUACACGGUUUAUGAAUUGAUAAGCCCCAGAGGCACUCCAUACUUCCCGUUUAUGUGCUGGAUAUACUUAUGGUCGAUGGUGAUGCACUUCAUCAUUGGGUUAUUGAAUAUGGUGUCGUAUUUGAAAGUCAUCAGUAGGUUUUCAUGUGAUGUCUUUGGAUUUUUCAUUAACGUUGUUUAUAUUCAAAAGGGAAUUCAAAUCCUUAAUAACCAAUUCCGGGAAGUGGGAUUGGCAAGUGGAUACUGCUCAGUCAUGAUAAGUCUCUGUAUGAUCAUUUGUGGCGUGGGGAGCCACAUACUAGGUACCAGAUUACAUUAUUUCAAGAGUUGGACCAGGAAAAUCUUUAGUGAUUAUGGAACUCCAUUAUCAGUAAUUUUUUUCACCGGAUUUAUUCAUUUUGGUGGUAGUUUAGCUAAAACUGAGUUGAAAAGAUUACCGGUGACAAAAGCAUUCGAACCAACUACAAGUAGUUCCGAUAUAAGGCCCCAUGGUUGGUUCAUUCAUUUUUGGCCAUCAGAAAAUAUUAGUGUUGCUGAUAUGUUCUUAGCGCUACCUUUUGCUAUAUUACUUACAUUACUUUUCUAUUUUGAUCAUAAUGUUUCUUCUUUCAUGUGCCAACUGAAGGAGUUCCCUUUGAAGAAACCAAGUUCUUUCCAUUGGGAUUUUAUGUUGUUAGGCUUAACCACUGGUAUUGCUGGCAUUUUAGGUAUACCGGCUCCCAAUGGGUUAAUUCCUCAAGCUCCUCUACAUACUGAAUCCUUGGUGGUCCAUGAUCCCAGAACUGGUAAACCUUUGUCGGUUGUUGAGCAAAGAGUUACUAAUACUGCUCAAGGUUUAAUAACUUUCGUUAUGAUGUCUGGUCCUUUCUUAGUUCUUUUGAGAUUGAUUCCUCAAGCGGUUCUUUCAGGUCUUUUUUUCAUCAUGGGCAUUCAAGGUUUAAAUGGUAAUAUUAUCACGAAUAAAAUUAGAUAUCUUUUCUUAGACUCAGAUUACAUCAAACAUGAUCCUACUUGUCCUCAAGUUUUCCGAGACUUUGAUGAACUUCCUAAUAAAAAAUGGUUUUAUGUUUAUCUUAUUCUUCAAUUAGUGGCGUUUGGUUUCGAAUUUGGUAUAACCUUGACAAAAGGUGCUGUCGGGUUCCCGGGCGUUUUAAUGUUCUUCUUAUUAUGCGCUAAAUAUUGUUGGCCGCUUUUCAUACCCAGAGAAGAUUUGGAACUUCUAGAUGGCGAAGUCGCCGAUGAAGUAAUUGUGAAAAACUUACAAAUUGUUGAUCAUUUGAAUAAUGUUCAUUCCCCAAAAAGAUCAAGCGAUGAUGAAAAUAAAACAGUGCUUGAAGAAGAAUUUAACGAUUACGAAUUAAGACAUCGUAAUUUACGUAGCAUCGAUACCAUUAAAAGCUAAUGAUGC